GUAACAUCCAGGGGCUACAAUGCGUUCGAACACAGGAAUGAACCGGAAACAUCGUUGAUCGGGCUUGCACAGGGUUACCAGCGAGUAGACACGUGGUUGGAUAUUGCGAACACGCCUCAACUACUAUCAUCUUCCACGAUGCAUAGCUCAAUCAGAGACUACCACUGCUAGUUCUAGCCGCCUGCUACUACCGCCAUGGCUACGUACUUCUUCAUAGAGCUAUGGCACUCCACGCUCCUCCCUCUCCUCUCCGUCUUCCUCCCUUCAGGCCUCGUCCCCGCUAACACCCUUCUCCCUUUUGUCCUUCCGCCCGCCAUGCCGCUGCUCGAGCGCGCGCACCAGCAGCUGCACGAUAUCGGAGCGGCUUAUAGCGCGGUGCCGUACGAUCUGAUUGUGGCGGGAAAGGCCCUGGCCACGUCAGCGAUAGUGAGGGGAGUUCCGGUGGUGCGUCGCCAUUGGCUGCUGAGCUUCUGGGCGUCGUUUCUACUGGCCUAUGGCGACUACUCCCUGCCAUCGCUGGUCUUGCAGACGGAUUUCGUGUGGCUCAAGAAGGAUAUCAUCCUCGUCACCUUCGCCAUCUGCUGGUGGCUGAUAACUUAUUGCCCUGGGGACAUCGGCUACAAGGCGUUCAGCUUCAAACCCAUCAAGGUCGCCUGCAAGGCAGCAUCGGGUUUGGCCCGCACCAACGUCAUUCUCUCCAUGGUGGAUGCGGCGGUGAAGCACUUUGGCCCACAUCUCAUCGUGGCGCCUCUCUUCAUCGGGACUCUCAGCGGCUGUGGGGGGCGCCUUAUCUACGGAGCUGUGCUCUUCGCCGUCGCUCCCUCUGCCUGCAGCCACCCUGAGCUGCUCUACCCCUCAUGGUACUCUCACUCCGCAUUCCUUGUGUCUAUCGUCUACACCCUCGCGGUCCACUGGAUGGCCGUGUGCUCCCGAGAUGCUGCCUAUGGCGCCAUCGCCACUUUCAUGGUGGCCCACAGCGCGUGGGAGGCCGUCUCAGACUCGCAUCUGGACCCCUCGGCUCCGCUCUUCUCCCUCUUCCACUCCGUGCUGCGCAUCCCACCCCCUCCUGCAAUCCUCCACUCCUCCCACGACGCCCCUCCCGCUCACUCCAAGCCCCGUGAAAGUGACACGAGCGCGCCAGCAUCCGACAGCACCGACAAGCAAUCACCUGGCACCAAGACUGUGUCAUCAUCCCAACCCCUCGGCCAAGACCCAAGCCUUGCCAAUGGAGGCACCGACGGGGAGGGCAAGGCGAGCCGCGGCGAGCAGAAGGCUUUCAGGCGCCCUCGGAGCAAGAAGGCGUAGGUCGUACCUGCCAUCCGCACACGCAUCCUUGCCGCCCGGAGUGCAGCAAGGACACAGACACGGGAAGGCAAGGCGGGGCUGAGGGUGGGGAAAGCAUGGCGUUACGAGGUACGGCAGAGAAGGGGGGAGGGUGGCUGGCAAGGCCUUGAGAUUGAAGUGCAGGAGAGCAGGGUCAUGACUCAUGACUCAUGACUCACGGCUUAUGACUCAUGACUCAUGACUCAUGACUCAUGACUCACGGCUUAUGAUGCAUGGUACUGCUCCUGAGGCGCCUCAAAAGCGCCAUGCCAUGCCACGGUAGUGUAGUGUAGAUGGUGGCCCGGUUGAAAGGGCGGUGGAUCCUAGUGUCACCUUUUCAGCCCCUCCUCUUCUCCGCCCCAUAGCCCACGUCCGCUGCCCUUUUAUCUACAUGUCUAAUUUAUCUGCUGGUCAUUGUCACAAGUACUUUUCAGUGGGUACCGCCGAUAAGUGCCAACAUUCUUUUAUAGACUUGCAUUUUGCAAUGCAAUAUUGUUUUAUUCCUUUUAAAGGGUGUUGAACUUCACC